AUGUCAACCAAUAACAGCACUCAACAACAAGAUGAAUUAGAUCAAAUCAAAUCGAAAAUUCAAGAUAAUUUAAUCUCAUCAGGAAAUUAUGAUAUAAUAAAUAAACAAUUAAAAUUACAAUUAUAUGAAAGUGGAUGGUAUGAUAAAGUAUCACAAAUUGCAUCAAGAGAAUUAAUGGAUCAUCAACAAGAAGUCAAUUCUAGUAAUAGUAAUAGUAGUAAUAGUAAUAAGAAGAAUGAAUUAACAUUUGAUCAAUUAUUUGCUUUUGUUAAACCGAAAGCUGAAGAAUUGGUGCCUAAUGAAGUUAAACAAGAUAUUUUGAAUCGAAUAACUAAAUAUUUAGAUGAUAUAAUACAAUAA